AUGUCCACAAUACAAGAUGAUACGGUUUAUAUACCUAUACCACACUAUCCUCCGUUCAAGUUAAGAUCAUCAUUGAUAGAUAAGGAUCCAGUUAUUUGGGUUCAUUUAUUAGAAGGCUAUAUCAAAUUAAUGCAAUUUUUAUUAGAUGUUAAUUCUCCUAAAUUAACUAUUAAAUCCCAACAGCAAUUACAGUUGUUUCUUAAGAAUUUCCUAGUUGAAACAAGUGAAGAAGAAAGUAAGAUUUUUUCAUUAGGUGCCAUCAAUCCUGAAAUCAAAACAAAUACACUGAUUUUGAAAAUCUAUGUAUUUCAAUUGAUUAAAAAUUAUAGUUUUGUUAAAUUAAACUUGACAGGUGAGAUAAUUUGGAAAUUUGCUAGGAUUUAUGCUGAAAAGAAUAUUAAUAUAGUUAGAGGAUUAAUUGAUGGAAGUUUUAAAUCCAAAUUCAAUGAUAAUAAAAAAUCUGGUAAUAUCUCAUCAAUUUCAAGUGUUCAGAAAUAUCUCGAUACUUUGAUUAAGAAUGGUAAUUUCACUCACGAAGAUUUAACUAGUUUGUCAUUAUUAUUAGGACAAAAUACCACCAAAACAAGUACAUUUGCGAUGGGUUCAAAUAGAAGUAUUAACAAGAGACUGAAUAGAUCAUCACCAUUUGCAGAAAAUUUUGUCAACACUACCUGGAUCGAAAACUUGGAACAAAGCUAUGUUGGAGGGAAAAGUGUUAAUGCAGAGACAAUUAAGAAUGUUAUGAUUAUUUCUAUUAUAUCUUUAUCUACAGCUAAAUUGGCAUCUUUAACUAUGAGUUUAGGUAUAAGUUCUGUUGAUACAUUGAAAAGUUGUCCUUUGUUUAGUUCAAUUAUAAUUUCUGAGCCUUAUAGAGAAAUGAUUCCAAAUUUAGAGGAACGAUUACCAUUUCUUAGAUCACUUGAUGAAGAAGAAGAUGAUGACGAAGAUUAUGAUGAUGACUUUGGAUACGAAGAGAAUAUUGAAGCUAUUUCUUUGUUGGUUGAUUUAUUCCCUGGAAUGACUGAAAAGAAAGCUAAAAUCGUGCUUAAGCAAAAUAAUGGAGAUGUUGAACAUGUAACUAAUAUGUUGUUAGAGAACCCAGGUUUGAUUGAUCAAAUUGAAGAACAACAAAAGAAGAAAAAGAAGAAACCAGUUCCAUCAAAUAACAACUAUAAUGACCCACGAGUGUUGCAAAGUAAAAAGAAUCAAAAAUUCAAGUUAGGUCAACCUAGUGCUGAAUUGAAGAAGAAAACAUUGAGUGAUGCACUUCGAGUAAUGUAUCAAAGUGAUGAAGAUGAGCCAGAUGAUACAUAUGAUGAUCAAGAGAAAACUACUGGUGACGAUUUGUAA